UCGUGAAGAGAACACAGGGUAAGCUUUUGACCAUCCUCCCAUGUUUACACAUGCGAUAAUAAUACUUUUUAUAUAAACCUAACAAAAAGAUCUUUAUUGCAAGACUGACAUACAAACUGGAAGGGAGAUGUCGCCAAGAAGGAUCUGAAAUAGAUGUGGUGUUUGAGCAUGAAGCAGCUCUGUCACUUAUUCGUAAGUCACCGUCAGAUUAUCUGUUUCUAAAGAAGGACCAAAUCAUAGAAUUGAUCGCAAAGAACUGUGGCAAAAAAUUUGCGGCGGAAUUGAAUGUCGCAUGGAGAAAAGUGGGAGACAGUGAUUCAGACAUACAACCAAAAGCAACAGUGCUCACCCUGUGGGACCGAUCAGCAUUCGAGAAAUAAUGAUGUCCUUCGAAGCAUGCCAUUUUGAUAUCGUGCAAACCACAAAGGCACGAAACUUCUGAAAACAUUUUGUCCUGCCAAGCUUGAAAUCUUCAGUCUCCGUCAUGGAACUUUUAUUAAUUUAGUAGAUAUAUCGUGGAAAACUUGGACACACUCCUGACUACAUAUAUGUUUAUUCUGCAAACCCAGUCAAUCUUUUGCAUAAUGUUUAUUUUGAAACCCCAGUAUUUUAUGUUUAUGACAACAUUUAUGUCUAUAUUUAGGACAUAAACGAUUAUGGUUAUAGAUUAUAUUAAAUCACAUUGAAAUUAUAACAGAAUUAGUAUCCCGCGGCGGAGCGCGGGCUGAAUCCUAGUAUAUAUUAUGAACUAUUAGCCCUAUUGGCUAUUGCCCUUAGUUAAUCACAAACCAUGUACCCGCUUUUGUUUACCUUUAAGCUAAGGGUGGGGUCUAGAGCCACACGAAUCGAGAUAAUACCGGGCCAAAAUUAAAGUGAAAUUGAAGAUAAAAAUAGGACCAAAAGUAUGAUUGACUUAUUUAGUCUGACUCGUUCCAGUCUAAAUUGAAUAUCUAUCCACUUUUCUUUCAUACUUAAAUAACUUUAAAAUCAAAAUAUAUUUAAAUGGUUAAAUUCAGUGCAAAUAUCGGAUCGGUAUAAUUUGAUCCGGACUAGACUCGGAUAAAUUCCACAAAUAAAUUUACCACCAAUAUGGCGGUUUAAAAACUUUUGACAUGUAUAUUGUGUUUUUUUUGUAGGGUAAUAGCGAGCCCGCCAGAGACUGAGGCACGGCCGCUAGUUGAACAAUUUUCAAUCAAUUUAAGUGGCGGCGCCCGAGACUGGGGCAUUGGCGCCUAUCAUAACCCCUCAACGGUGGCGCCCGAGACUGAGGCGGGUUCGGUGCCUCCCUCAUCCCAUCCAGUACCAUACAUACAACUCUCUUUUCCUUCUAUUCUUCACCACCAAAAAAAUCGACGAAGUUAGACGAGAGAAGCUCUGGUUGCUGUUUAGUUUCUGGGAAGAUAGCUAAUAACAAGUAAGAGACAUAUUUAUUUUUUUUAAUUAUAUUCUUCAAAUGCUAUAAUGAUUUUGUUUAGUUAGUAAUUAGUGAGUUUGUUUUUUUAUGUAGUGAAUUUAGAAGAUUUGAACUAGACGUUCGGUGGAAAUCAAAGAAAGUAGAGGAUAAUUUGGGCGUCCAUUUUGUUGGUGGUAGAAGUUUCCAGUUGAUUGUUCCAUCCAGGGUGACAUAUUAGAAACUUUGUGAUAAUCUAAUUCAGAGAAUACGACGUAAAGACGAAGUAGUACAAGAUAGUGAUGUGAUCACAGGUUUCACUUAUUGUCUUCCAGAAUGGCAGAAUGAUGUUUUAUUUCAUUAUGCGAUGCCUAUUGUGGAUGAUGAUAGCUUGAACGUGCUUUGGAAUUUUAUGGCACAAAACCCUUAUUGUUUGGAUGUUGAGAUACAUGCUGAGCCCAGUGAGGAUCGGGGUGGAGAUGAAGAAGAUGAGACAUGGAGCGUGCCAUCCGAUCAUAACUAUGAUGAUGGUGAUGACGAAGAGGAGGAAGAUGAGGACGAGGAGGGGGAAGGGGAAGGAGAGCAACCUAAUUAUCCUGCAUAUUUUUACUUGUAGGGUAAUGAAGAGAACGGCGGAUUAUCCUAUGUUGAUUCAUAUGGCGUAAUUCCAAUGCCUAUUGUUACUAGUUUUGAUGGAGAAUUCUACAAGGGGCAGACAUUUCACUCUAAACAAGCUGCAUAUGUGGCGAUUAAACACUACGCACUACAAUGCAACUUUCAGUAUAAUGUGGUGGAGUCGUCACCUUCAAUCUGGAAGAUCAGAUGUUUGAGGCACAAGUAUGAAAAUUAUCCUUGGAUGGUGCGGUUUGGAUGUCGAGAUGUGGGAAGCGAAUGGACUGUGAGAAAGGCCGAGUUGGUGCAUUCUUGCAGCAGUACGACUCAACCGAUGGAUCAUCGCCAUCUUGAUGUCGACGUUAUAUCUGAGUCCGUGAAACAUUUGGUACGUACCCAACCAAAACUGAGUGUUCUAACUGUGCAGGCCGAGUAGACAGAUAAGUAUAAUAUGCAAGUUACUUACAAAAAGACUUCGUACGAGAAACAAAGAGCAUUGGAGAAGUUGCAUGGAAAUUGGAAAGAAUCCUACGAUUAUUUGAAAACUCUUGCGGGUGGUAAAGAGAAAAAUGCCAACAUCAGUGAUUGAUUGGGUAAGAGUUCCUUCAUCGCAACCAGGUCAUUUGAUCUUUCAGCCAGUAUUCUAGGCUUAUGGACCUUGUAUAGAUGGAUUCAAGAAUUUUCCAGGAUUCAUGGUUGUUGAUGGAAAAUUUCUUACUGGAAAGUAUAAAGGAGUGCUACUCAUGGCGAGCUCAUUUGAUAGCCGGAAGAAGAUAUUUCCAAUUGCAUUUGUCAUAGUGGAGAGCGAGAAUACUGAUAGUUGGACAUGGUUCAUAAGUCACGUUCAAGGUUUGACCGAUCGAGAUGAUGUAUGCAUCAGCUUUGAUAGACAUGCGGGACUCUAUGAAGCCAUGAGUAACAUCGGAAGAGGUUAAGAGUGGAGGUGGUGGUGCAUGUGACACUAUGCAAGCAAUUCGCAAAGGAAGACUAAAAGCAGGAUUAUGUAUAAGCAACUAUUUUGAGUCGGUAAGCCUUCUUCAUUUAAUUUUGUUAUUUAUUAUAAUGUAUUAUUUAUUUUCAUUUAAUUUUGUCAUGAAUUUAUCUAACUCGUGUGGUUAUUUAUUUUGUUAGCCGGAGAAAAAAUGCUUGGAGAAGUUCGAUCGUCAAGUUGAGCAAUUUAAGAAGGUGGCCGCUGAUAGGAACAUUUCUUGUGAUAACUGGGUGGACUAACAUCAAAUUCGAUGGCGCUUGAAACAGUGUUGGCUUGUUAUGGGACAAGUUUCACACCUCUUGGUGAACCUAAGGGUUGGAAGAAGCAUAAUGACCCUACUCUCCAUCCUAAUGUGCACAUGAUUAGGAAGUCGGGGAGGCCAAGAUCAACAAAAAUCCACAACGAGAUGGAUUGGCCAAGAGAGGGUGUAUCACAACAAGUGUGUAGCAACUGUAACCAAGUGGGACAUAAUGCAUCAACCUGUGUUAGCCAAGCAAGUGGGAGUGAGAGCCAGCGAAGAGGGAGUGGUGACCAAUGAAGUGUGAGAGGUGGU